AUGUCUACUGAACAGCCCAAGACCGCAGCUGCCCCUGCCGUGGAUGUGAGCAAGCUUAGCGAAGAGGAAAAGGCGUACUACGAGAAAUUUGGAAUGCUUCCCAAGAAGUCACUCGCCAGCGCCAUGCUCGACAAGAGGAGAGGGCGAGCGCAGUUCGAUUCGGCUGAUUGGCAACUGCAGAAGAACAGCCUCCCGGGACAGAAGAAGGCGCCCCUCCCAACCAACAUCGCCAAGGCGCAGAAGGAGUAG